GGGAACAACUGGGGAACCGCGCACUUGACCUUGCCCAGAUGAAUCUGAUCCAUCACCCCUAGAGCCUCACAUGGCUCUCUGGCGUAUGUGAGGCAUAUCUGUGGCUCAAUGUGGGAGACGGACUAGGAAGCAAAGAAUAUCGCCUGACAAGACCGCAGCCGUCAUAGAUGCCUGCAUAGGUCGUCACUGCAACAUGAAGAAUGCCAAUCCGACAGACCCAUCAAAUCGCCGCAAAUCUAUUGCAUAGCACUGCAAUCCAGAUCAAUCCUGCAAUCCAGGGCCAUUUUCGCUGGCCCUGUUCUUAUCGAUAGACACUGGCACUGACAUGGGGCAUGGAAUGCAUGGGUAUGUACCGAUGACCACAUACCACGGAUGAACUUGUUACAACAUGUCUUAUGAGUCGUACGUAGAGAUCCUACUUGGUCUUUACUCCUGCAUGACCUGUUUUAGGGGCAUUUCCACUUACCUCUUUGUUUUGCUUGUAUCAAUUCAAUUCGUCAAGGACGACCGCUGUGUCUCCGCAAGGGACUAUGGGUGUGCGCAGAAGCAUAAAUGCUUUUUCAAAAAGGAUGACCAAGUUCAAGUUCCCGAUGGCUCUAAAGAUGAACAAUACAUUCUCACUGCGCCGUCUCAUCUAGCUCAUGAUGCGUCCUCCGGCUGGGUGCAUGGAGAGACAAGACCAUACGAAUCCUUCGCAGAAACUUCGAGGAAGAGAUACCUGCCGAGUUUGGUUACAUCCGCAUGUGCUGCAGAGCUCGGGCUUGUGAUGCACAAGCUCGUCCAGGGACGGUGCAUUCUUCCAGAGGCUCUCUCUAAGGCAUCUCUUCCCCUCCAAAUUAGACUUUGCCUAUCAGAAACCUACUUUCGAUUGAGCAAACGGAGUGUACCUUUGGGAUUCCCAAUGACCGCUGUCGGGCGAUGCUUCCACCAGCGAGCCUUGUAGGUCUCCCCUCGCCUCAUCCGAUCCCGAAAAGAACUUACGCAGUUCUGUGGCACAAUGUCUCGUAGCGCUUGGUCAUCUGUCGCCGUUCAUUUGUCCUGAACCUCGAGCCCUCGCACUCUUGCACCAGCUAGGCACUCCCGUUAGCCGCGACCAUUGCCUUC